CGGAGGCGGGAGCCGGCUCGGAAUAAAUGGGAUCUGCGGCGGCUCCCGAAAGUUGAGCAGAAGCGCGAAGGAGAGGCGGCUCUUGCGUCUCCGUUCUAAGACUGGUCGGAAGCAGAGGCUGGGAAGGCUUGGGAAGGGACCCGCGAGGUGCUCUUCUGCUUGGAGAGGCCCCCAUCCCAGGAGAUUAAGAAACGAUGGCCGAGAAACCUAAAUUGUAUUAUUUUAAUGGACGAGGCCGAAUGGAACAGAUACGGUGGUUGUUAGCAGCUGCUGGUGUAGAGUUUGAAGAGGAAUUUUUGGAGACCCGAGAACAAUAUGAGAAGCUGCUUCAAGAUGGCUUCUUCAUGUUUCAGCAAACACCCAUGGUGGAAAUUGACGGGAUGAAGCUGGUACAGACACGGGCCAUCCUCCGUUAUAUUGCCACGAAGUACAACUUGUAUGGGAUGAAUAUGAAGGAGAGAGCAUUGAUUGACAUGUAUGUGGAAGGAACAAUGGACCUGAGUCUCCAUAUUUUGUCCUUCCCCUUCUUGACACCGGAGGAUCAAGAGCGCCAACUUGUUAUUAUUAAAGAAAAAUCAACAAAAAGAUAUUUUCCGGUUUAUGAAAAGGUGCUGAAGGAUCAUGGACAAGAUUUCCUUGUUGGCAAUCGGUUUAGCUUGGCAGACAUUCACCUCUUUGAAACUAUUUUAAUGGUAGAGGAAAAACUCCCCACCAUCCUGAAUGAAUUUCCUCAAUUGCAGGCUUUUAAAACAAGGAUCAGUCACAUUCCCACAAUUAAGAAGUUUCUGGAACCAGGAAGCCAGAGGAAACCUAUCCCUGAUGGUAAAUACGUGGAGACAGUGAAAAAUGUUCUCCAGAUGUAUCAACAGCUGAAGCCAAAUCCUUGAGAUUCUAUCAAGUUAUUCUGAUGAUUUCACAGUUACAGAAAUUAGUAAUACGCGCAAGACAAAAACCAUGCUUUCACAUUGGAGAUACACAGUUUGCAAGAGUAUCGCACAACCUUUGCAAAGUGGAUUAUAGACUGUGAAAAUAGCUUCUUCUGUAGAUGAUAGUGACAGUUGUAGCAAAGAAAGAGGAUCAUGAUUGUAAAGGGAUUUGAUAUAAGCAUUAUGACUGAUUAAGAUCAACAUUCACUAAGAGAAUCAUAUUUUUAAGAAGCGGUGUUUUAAUUCUAGAUUAUCUGUAAUCUCUAUUAUUUAUUUAUUUUGGCAACUCAAUAGCAUCCCUGAAAUUAUACUAUUGAGAUUUAGUAAACUAUCUCCAAAACAGGAAUUCACACAUUUUGGUAGAAAACAAAAUGUGGAUCAGUCAAAAAAGUUAAUUCUCCUAAUAAAUAAAGCAUGCAAUCCUUUUGAAGAAACUCUGUCCCACCAUUCAGCAUAAUAUCAAAAGCAUAGUUACCCAGACCACUGCAGUCUUCAUCAUCACCACCAACAUUUUAAUGUUUUUUUGGUAAAAUGUGAUCUAUCAAAAGUUGCCUGCUGUUUUAAAGGGUAUUGUGAAUCAUUGCAUUGUAUGAAAUAAUAUUUUUACUAGUCCAAUAAAAUAAAGCUUAGCAAGAAACGGGGAAAAAAACA